AUGAAUAUGUUUAAAAAUAUUUCCGAAACUAAUUAUGACAGUAAUGUGCUUGAGAAGUUUCUGAAGGUACAAGAUACAUUUUUUAAAGAAAAAAAAUAUUAUGGAUGUAAAUAUGCAAUUAAAACGAAAAAUUUUGAAUAUUAUCAAGAAAUGAAUGAUAAGAAGGAUUUAUAUGAUUAUUUCAGUAAUUAUAAUACUAUUAGAAAGAAUAUCGAAUAUGAAUCUGGUCCGUUAGAUACGUUUGAGGAAUAUGUGAAGCACAUUAAACAAUUAUAUGAUAAGUACAAAGUCAAUUGUUUGGACCAUUUUGAUUACUGGUUAAGCGAUUGUCCCUAUUAUUUUAAACGUGAAGAUGAGUAUGAUCCACAGAUAUUUCUUUCGAAAUUAGACUGCUAUAGCAAGAAUAGUAAAGAUAAUAGGAUGAAAAAUUGUUCUGUAAAAUCUGUAACCAAAAAAAAAAUGACAUUUUAUUAUCUUAAAUGUAAGGAUAAUAUUGAGCAAAAACCUAUUAUGUGCGCUUUAGUCCCAGUGACUAUGGAGUAUAUAGAUGAUAAAGUUGAAGAUAAAAUGAAUGAUAAAGCGGUACGAAAAGGAAUUCCUAAGCCACCAGACCCGUGGUCAACAUUUGGAGGUGUGCUACAUAGUGAUCAAUUAAAUUCUGAAUUUUUAACGGAAGCAGAUGGCGUAUCACCUUACUUGGUAUUGACGGAUGACGAAAUUAAAUGGAAAAUACUUGAUAAUGAAAGAUUUGAUUGUGAGAGAUAUGGAUCAAAAGAUACUUAUGGAUUAUGUAAACACUUAAAAAAUUACAUGAAGAAGGAAAAAUUAAAUUAA